UGCUCUUUGGCAGCUCGGUGAUGAAGGGGCGACUUCUCUUGUCGCCUCGCUGCUCUUUGGCAGCUCGGUGGAGAGUCGCUGCGGCUGAGCUCCGACUUCAGAUGCUGAAGGUGGCAGCGACGUGGACGCGGAGGACUUUAGUCUCGUUUUAGGACCGGAACCUUUUUGAACCUUUCUCACGCGGCUCGUGCGAGUUCCAGACCCUCAGCCGGUCCGAACGAACUUUAUUCAGGACGGAGGGAGAGGGAGGAGUAGGAGGAAGAUGGGGGUCGUUGGGGUCCCUCCCCUCACUCUGAUGUGUCUCAUCCUCUUCAGUUUCAUCCCUCUGGUGCGGCCCCUCAACCCGGAUGACCCAAAUGUGUGCAGCCACUGGGAGAGCUACGCGGUGACCGUGCAGGAGUCCUAUGCCCAUCCCUUUGACCAGAUCUACUACACCCGCUGCACCGACAUCCUCAACUGGUUCAAGUGCACCAGACACAGGAUCAGCUAUAAGACGGCGUACCGGAGGGGCGUGAGGACCAUGUACCGGAGACGCUCCCAGUGCUGCCCAGGGUUCUUUGAGAGUGGAGACCUGUGUGUCCCGCUGUGCUCCGAAGAGUGUGUCCAUGGCAGAUGUGUGUCUCCUGAAACCUGCCAGUGUGAGCCCGGAUGGGGCGGACUGGACUGCUCCAGCGGAUGCGAGAGCGACUUCUGGGGUCCCCACUGCAGCAACCGCUGUCAGUGUCGCAAUGGCGCCAAAUGCAAUCCAAUCACUGGAGCCUGCGUCUGCACUGAGGGCUUCCAAGGGUGGCGCUGUGAGGAACACUGUGACUCAAACCUCUACGGCAAAGACUGCCAGCAGGAGUGUCAGUGUCUCAACGGCGCCACCUGCCACCAUCAGACCGGAGAGUGUCUCUGUGCUCCGGGAUACACAGGAGUCUACUGUGAAGAGCCGUGUCCUCCUGGGAAACAUGGCUCUCUGUGUGAGCAGCGCUGCCCCUGUCAGAACGGAGGGACCUGCCACCACAUCACCGGAGAGUGUUCCUGCCUCCCGGGCUGGAUGGGUCCAGUAUGUGCUCAGCCUUGCCCGUUCGGAUGGUUUGGCGUCAACUGCUCCGAGGAAUGCACGUGUCGUAAUGGAGGCCUGUGUGACCACAUCAGCGGACAAUGCCAGUGCACGGCCGGUUACAUCGGAGAGAGAUGUCAGGAAGAAUGUCCGGUAGGGACAUACGGACCCCAGUGUGCCCACAAGUGUGACUGUCAGAACGGGGCCAAGUGUUACCACAUCAACGGAGCCUGCCUGUGUAACGAGGGCUUCAAGGGUCCAAGCUGCCAGGACCGGUUCUGUCCCGCUGGUCUGUACGGACUCAUCUGUGACAGACACUGUCCCUGCAAGAUGGACAACACGCUCAGCUGUCACCCUCUGUCAGGGGAGUGCACCUGUGCAGCAGGGUGGGCGGGGCUUUACUGCAACGAGACCUGCCCUGCCGGUUACCAUGGCGAGGGCUGCAGGGAGGAGUGUGACUGCACCAACGGAGCCGACUGUGACGGCGUGACGGGAUCCUGUACGUGCGCGCCAGGAUUCAUAGGAGACGACUGCUCCAUCAGCUGUCCUCCAGGAUUUUACGGGACCAACUGCACCUCCCUGUGCUCUUGCUACAAUGAGAUCUCCUGCUCGCACAUCGAUGGCUCCUGCAUCUGCAGAGAAGGCUGGCAGGGCGUGGACUGCAGCAUCCCGUGCUCCAGCGGUACCUGGGGUCAGGGCUGCAACCAGACGUGUCAGUGCACCAACGAGGCGGCCUGCGACCCGGCCAACGGAACCUGCAGCUGCUCGCCGGGCUGGAGGGGCGAGCACUGCGAGGUCCCUUGUCCUGACGGAUCAUACGGGCUGGAAUGCACAGAGAAAUGUGACUGUGUUCAUGCUGAAAGCUGCCAUCCCACCACCGGUGCCUGUCGCUGCCUCGCUGGGUGGACUGGCCUCCUGGGUGCCGCCGUCUCCAGACCAUCUCCCGUGAGCAGCGAAGGCUCUGAUCCAUUCUGCAAACCAGCAUUUGUGAAGACUGAUUCCUGCCUCUCAGGACGCACAAAGACACCAACGUGUGCGCGUAAGACUGAUGAAAUAAAGAGACACUUCAGCAGAGGAUUAAAGGCCAAAGAGUCAUAGAAAAAAUGUAGAAAUAUUACAGUUUUUACAUUUAAUGUGUGUUGAGAUGGAAACCAUUAUUGAAAUAAAAACGGACACAGAUAUCCGCCAGGAGGUGAAGUUUAACGCCGAGGGGACACCGGCCGCCGAAGCGCCGCGAAAAGGGGGCCGCCUUCAUUCAGUGCCCUUGUUAUCCUAUUCUAUAGACAACAUGGGCCGCCAAAGCGCCGCGUGCCACUCCAGCCUGCGCCGUGCAGCGAUCGUUUCAGCGUCUGCUCUAUUUUUUUCGAGAGCCACGGGUGAACCGCGUCAAUUCUGGCAGGAAGUCAAACCUAGACAUAAGAGGCAGGCUGGUAAAUUUAAAAAAGUAAAGCAUUUCAAAAUACAAUUCCGUGAUAGGCAAAUGUGUUUGUAAACAGACAAUGCAUUAAAUCCACAGGAACAAACACACACAAACACACACACAGAGCGAAAUUGUGUGUGUGCAACCACGUGAAGGGGUUGUGGUUUUGGGUGUCUUUCAACCGGGGCAAACAGGACAGAGAGGCAGAAAGUCGUAGGCCAACAACUGGUUCACACCAUAGGUUCUCACACACACACACACACACACACACACACACACACACACGCACACACACACACACACACACACACACAAACUGCAUGGGGAGGGGGGUGUCAAGGAAAAGAGCAGAGAAAAGGCGGAGAGGAAAUGGAGAGAGGGUGCUCGCUGCAGAACCACAAAGGCGGAGCUGCACCAGGGUCAGCCCCGCCCAUUCACGCAAACUCAGCCUAGCCCACUGACUUCCGUUUUUGUUUUCCAACUUCAUCGCAAACUAACCUGACCCACAUGAAUUAUGGCUAUUACUACUUUACAAAUGUUAAUGCUCCAAUUAAACAAGAUAAAUAUAACUUGCUACAUGACAAAGCCUGAAUACAUCUUGAAAUGAAACGAUUUCUUUUAGCAGAUAUCUGCCCACAGCCGCUCUAACAAUAAUGUGGGGCAACAGCAUGAGUGACUGUCAUAUGUGCUCUGGUAGUCCAGUGGUAAGAUCAUCUGAAGCAAAUUUUGCUUCACCCUCAGCUGAUGCUGGUUCGAUUCUCAGUGAGGUCGGCAUCAAUCUAUUUAGCCAGCUGAAACAUUGAAUUUGUUUAUAUUUUAGUUGUAAUGUUUAUUUUUCAGCAAAAUAUUUAUGUCUCUAAAAGUUCUUUGAAUUUGGUCGUUCCUAAACAGCAUUUUAGUUGAAACUCUGCUCACAAAUGGACUCACACUGGCUAAAUAAACGAAUAAAUAAAUAAACACAUUAGUCAUUGUAUUGUAAACAGUAUACCAGUAAAUUGUUGUAAACAUAGUACUGGCAAGUGUAGCUAGAAAUUAAGAAAAUGGGUUGUAAUCUACCUAAGAUUUCUGCCACCGGGAGUCGAACCUGCGCAAAACUAUAUGCCAACCUGCCUCCAUAGCCUCUACCCCACCACAUCUGAUAUGAAGUAAGUGGCGUUACAUGUAAUUGUCCUAUCCAGUGUGUCUUUGGAGAUGGGAUGUAUGGUUUAUUGGCGGUGUCUCAGUAGAAGUCAUUUCAGAAAUAAUUUGUCAGAAAAUUCACAGAAUAUCCAGAUUUGAGAACCAAGACCAGACCCACUUCAGGGGAGGAGACCAAAUUGAAGCUGAGAUGGGAGGAAAAUGCAUGAAUGAGGCCAAAAAUGGCUUUGGCGUGUUUCUUAUGAGGAAAUGACAAUAUAACAUGAUAAAAAAGUUCCAAAAGUUAGAUUUUUAAUUAUAUAGAACCUUUACAAAAACUGUUCAGUUAACUUCUCACCUCCGUCCUCAAUCUUGUAUUUUUUAGCUAUAAAACCCUCUUUGGUUCCAGAAUGCUAUCAAGUCUGACAACUGGAAGGAAUUGUACUGACUCUGAUGGAAUGGACGGGGCUGACUCUGGAAUGGGUGGGGCUGACCCUGGUGCAGCUCCACCUUCUGGUGCAGCUCCACCUUUGUGGUUCUGCAGCGAGCACCACUUGGAAAUGGAGGACACCAAGUGGUUAAAAGAAAAACUACGAGGCGCGCCUCGAGCGGAGGAACAAGCGUCUGGUCUGAACUGAGGAGCAGCGGCCGAAUUUUGUGAGCGCUUCGCCUCCCGGCGCUUCGGCGGCCGGUGUGUAAUACAGACAUGUGUCGGGAAAUUAAAAAAUAAACUUCAGAGUUAGUAAAACAAACCAGAAACCUGAUGUGGUAACUAGGUGUAAAAGUGAACCUGGUGUGAAGCAUAAACAGCUGUGGUGGGUAUCCAACUGUGGAGGUUAACCAGGUGUAGAGGUUAACCAGUUGUGGAGGUUAACCAGGUGUGAAAGUGAACCUUGUUUGGUGGUUAAUGUGAUUUGUAAGUCAACCAGGGCUAAAGGUGAACCUGGUGUGGAUAUUUACAGGGUUUGGGGUUAACUAGGCGUGGAGGUCAACCAGAAAAGGUAAGAAACAGAGCUGAUAGCAAAAGGUGUUCCAGAAUAAAACUCAAAGUUUUUCUUCAUGUUUUGGUUGUGAUUUAUUGGGUUUCUUGAAUCCAUGUAGUUUUAAAUUGUAUGUGUCUUUAUGUUUCUGUCCCUUUAGCUUUGACAUGCCCCCUGCCAGCACACCUGGAUUUAGUUAAUAAAUACCACACCCACAUACCGUGGGCACUUUUUUUAUAUGUUUUCUUGGUUUUUCUUUUGCUUGGGUACAAGAGUGGGAUGUAAAUGACCAAACAUGGCAAGCAGACAUUUAUAUGUUGGUAAUGGUUGGUCAGCUGUGGCGGCCAUCUUGACACAGGCUGACUGCUGUUGAUGUUUCUUAUCUGUUAUCACUAUCAAAAUCCAUCCGUUGGUUCAACACUUGUUUCACUAACAGGCAAAAACAUUACCACUCACCUGUAAAGUAACUGAACAUAAAUGAGACGUCUGUCACAGCAGGAAAACACAUUUACAUUUAUGAUCAGAUAUGUAGUUUUAAAACUGAUUUAUUGUUUGUUUGUUUUAUCUGAUCCCAGAUGAAUGAGUCCAUUUUACUUUUCCGACUGUGCAGUGACACGUUUAUUAGUUUGUGUUGGAAAUGGAUUCUCAGACGGCUGUUUGUCUCCGUUGGACUUCAGCAAAUAUAAAUAAUAACAUCUGUCACAUGAAUCAGAUGCUCUGCUGCUAUUAAAUAAAUUAAUGAGGAUUUAUUUAUUGUAAAACUGGUGAUUAAUGUUGUGUCAUCAGUUAAACGUAGGCAGAACCAGUUUAACCACCUUUCAUCCCAGUUUCAUUAAACACUAAUGUGUUGUUCUUCCUGACAUUUCAAUAGACAAACAGACAAUAUAUACGAAUCAAUAAUGAGCCUGAUCCUUGUGUGUGUGUGUGUGUGUGUGUGUGUGUGUGUGUGUGUGUGUGUGUGUGUGUGUGUGUGUGUGUGUGUGUGUGUGUGUGUGUGUGUGUGUGUGUGUGUGUGUGUGUGUGUGUGUGUGUCCAGUAAUGCAAAACAAAGGGCAGGUCAGCCUGCAGGAUUGCUUCAAAGGGAAAUGCACUUUCUGCAUAAUAAUUGUCAAUCUGCAGGUGUGUGUGUGUGUGUGUGCGCAAGUUGUGUGCUGCAGUGUGGAAAGAGGGAAAAAAAUUGUGCCAUGCAGAUGUAAAGACCCAGAAGCAGAUAAAAAAAGGGAAAGAAAGGAAUUAUAAAGGUUAAAAAAGAAGAAAGAAAAGAAAAAGUGUUGUGGGUGAGAGGUGGUGAGGGAACAGGUGAACAUUUCUAAACGGAUCUAGCAGCUGCAAAUCCUGACAUGUUCAAACCCAGUGAGUGCUGUUAAUAAUAAUAAAGUUGUACCUGAAGUUCGUCUAAUAAAGCCAGUCUGUUACUCCUCGGUCUUUGUAGAUCUUACCGUCAACAAACAGUUUAUCCACGGAGAUCACAGCCCGCUUCCCAUCCUGGGUGUAUUUCUUGCGCAGCGGGAAGAGAACUCGGCGGCGGUCCAGAAUUUCUUUAGGAAACUGAUCGUUAACGCUGUAGUCUUUACCUUUAAGCUCUCUCCCGCGGCUUUUAACAAGAUCUUUCUGCUUAAAGUGCUCAUAUUUAGCCACGAUGGGACGAGAUCUUCUGCUGUCUGUUCUCCUGGCUCCAAGGCAAUGUACCCGAUGAAAGGUGAUGUUUUUAACCGUUUCCUCAGGAAUCUUCAUGUGGGUGUGGAGAAAGUUCUUGAUGGUUUGUUCGCAAUCCUCAGCUUCUCCUCCGGUCAGCUCUGAAAGGCCUGCGAACACCAGGUUAUCUCUCAUGCUGCGUGAUUGGAGAUCCAGAACCGUCUCCUUUAGAGCUUUGUUGUCCUGGGAGAUCCGAUCUAGUCCUGCAGUCAAGGAGGAAACCGAUUCUCGCAGAGAAAUCUGGACGUUCUGACCGUGGUGGUGGCACGCUUAGAUUACCCAGCCGACACACACGCACGUGCGUUGUUUUACAACUCCAGCCGCGAGCCGCUCCACCUGCUCCUGGCUAAACUCCAGAGAUGUUCGGAGGUCCUGGAACUCCUUGUGAAGCACCUCUAGCAGGUGGAGUCGUCCCUCAAAUCCCAGAAGCCGUGUAUCUAUGGACUGUAGUAAAUCUAAGACAUCCUUAUGGGGAGAUGAGGCCUCGGGCGAGUCCUGGGGACGGCUCCUCUUGGUCCCAGGUGUUUCCGUCUCAGCUGCUGCUGCUUUCUUCGGUCCCAUGACAAAAAGCUCAAAAACCUCGUCAAUAUAUAUUUGCAAAUUUUCUAAAUUUUCUCCACUUACCUCCAGGUUGAGUAUGUUAUAUUUACCAGAUUUAUUCAUUUUUUUGCGUUGUCAGUGAGUAAAUUAGGCGAAAAUCUGUCUUAAUUGUUUGUGGAAGUUGAUUAACAAGCUGCCAUCUGCUUCAAAACGCCGCCGUGUGUCCAGUGAUCGGGCCGUCUGCGCAUGCUCUCUCCUCUCCCCCGCCGCCAUGCGAACACCUUUUAAUGAACUGUUUAAGCUGUUAAUUUGAUUUAUGUGUUAACUCAUGCUUGAAUGUUUUUAACGUUUGUUUCAUGUACAAGUUCUAAAACGUUACGAAUUAAAAGGCAAAAAUUACAAAUGGCUACAUUAAAAGCCUCCUAACAGCCAUUGCCUGGGCGUAACGUU